GAAAGUGUGAAACCAACUUGUUCAUAUUGAAAACAAAGAACAAACCAUUGCUCUCUCUCCCUCUCUCUGCUUCCUCUGUAAAUAGAUAACUAAAAGCUUUCACUCUGUUGGACUUUCUCAGUCCAUAUCUUCUCUGUUUCUCUAAUUUGUUCCUCUAAAGUCCCUUCUUUCUUGUUUAUGUGUUCAAGUAAAGAAGCUCAAUCCAUAUCCAUUUUUGUAAAGAUUUGGACUUUUUUUUAUUUUGGCUGUCACCAUGAAGAGGCUAAGCAGCUCAGAUUCAAUGUGUGGUCUCAUCUCCACUUCUACAGAUGAACAGAGUCCAAGAGGUUACGGAAGUAAUUACCAAUCUAUGCUUGAAGGUUACGAGGAAGAUGCUACACUAAUCGAGGAAUACUCCGGCAACCACAACCACCACAUGGGUCUAUCGGAAAAGAAGAGAAGACUGAGAGUUGACCAAGUCAAAGCUCUUGAGAAAAAUUUCGAACUUGAGAACAAACUCGAACCUGAGAGGAAAACGAAACUAGCACAAGAGCUUGGACUCCAACCUCGUCAAGUAGCGGUUUGGUUUCAAAACCGUCGUGCACGGUGGAAAACAAAACAACUUGAGAAAGAUUACGGCAUUCUUAAGAGCCAAUACGACUCUCUCCGCCACAAUUUUGAUUCUCUCCGCCGUGACAACGAUUCUCUUCUCCAAGAGAUUAGUAAAAUCAAAGCUACGAUCAACGGAGAAGAAGAUAACAACAAAGCUACGACUGAGAGUGUUAAGAGAGAAGAAGUAGUUUCAUUGCCGGAGAGUUUUCACAAGACGGAUUCGACUCCAUCGUCUCCUCCGCAGUUUCUUGAACAUUCAACCGGGUUUAACUACCGGCGAAGCUUCACCGACGACCUCCGUGACCUUUUACCGAAUUCUACCGCAGUUGUUGGAGACGCUGGAUACUCCGAUAGCUGCGACUCAAGCGCAGUUCUAAACGAAGAAACAAGUUCGGACAACGGAAGAUUAACGCCGCCGUCUACGGUUGCCGGCGGGAGUUUCUUACAGUUUGUGAAAACGGAACAAAGAGAGGAUCACGACGAUUUUCUAAGCGGUGAAGAAGCUUGUGGAUUCUUCUCCGAUGAACAACCACCGUCACUUCAUUGGUACUCUGCUUCUGAUCAUUGGACUUAAGGAGAAUCAUUUGGGAUGAUCGAAUCGAAUCGUGCUCCGUGGGAACAGAGGGGGGCAAAAGUGAAAAUAAUCGAUAAAUAAAGGAUUAAGGAGGAAGGGUUAUUAAAAUUAACUAACUCCGCGGGAUUAAGGAGAAAGAUAAUUAUUGCGCUUAAGAUUGUAAAUUUAUUUUUAUCUUUUACCUCUCGUUUCCAUGGCUCUUCGUGUAAUUUUAACGAUGUUGAAAGGUGUUUUUAUUUUUAUUUUUA